AUGUUUGUUAUUUUAAUUUCUGGAUGGAACAUGGUUAGAAUCUUCAUUCUUAUGAAACAUAGAUAUGAAACGGACUCAACCAGCAUUGGGGUGUCUACCUCAUAUAGUCGUUGGAUAAAUACCUUUCCAUCGAUAGGAGUCUGUUUAUCUAAGAAUCGAAUUACUGAUGUCUUUACAAACGCCGUAAAGAAACGAUUUCCUGGCGAUAAUCCGCCGUACAGUCAUAUUCGAACUCUCUACGACUACCUUUUUAUUAAUCCAAAUAAUCUAUACUUGAAGGCGGAUUAUUGUAAUAAAUAUAAUUCCACAUGUGGAGUUAAUAUUUUGGAUAUGAGAAAGGAGUUAUUUGCUCGGACGUGUUCGGAUUUUAUGGAAGAAAUUACCUUUGCUGAGAAGGUUCUACCCGAUUGCGAGAAAAUAUUCAAGUUUCAUGAAUUAGAAAUGGGGUACUGCUUUCUUGCAAACAAUUUAUAUGACUAUCCGAGUAUUGAGGAAAUGCCUUUGCGAUAUACUUCCUUGGAUAAACACCGAAAUUUAAGAUUGGUUCUUAAAAGUGGUUUACUUUAUCGAUACGAUUUGUACAUCAAUAGCCCUGAAGAUCUACCAUACUUUAAUGCUGUCUUUUAUGCGAUUACUUCGGAACAUUCGAUACAUAGUUUUAAUGUUGAAGAGAUCCACAACAACAAAGAUGUUAUAGACGAGCCGAUUUCCCAAAGGAUGUGCAAGUUUCCAAGCGAGAGCAAUGAGGAAGGAUCCUUAUACAGUUUUUCGAUCUGCAUGUCUAAUAUUCGGAGUGAGAUGGAAAUGCAACUGUGCAAUUGCACUAUAUUCAGUAAUAAAUAUCAAAGUACCCGAAACUAUUGCGGAAUAUAUGGAGUAUCUUGUUUGGAAGAGGGAAACCUAGUCACGAAAGUAAAAGAUCAUGUUGGAUACAACACUGCGUGCUUACCAUCGUGUAUGGAACAGCAGAUUAGUUAUGUUGGGUCCCGUGAAAAGGAGCUCUCGAAAUAUCAAGGAAAAAACGUUGUUGAAAUAGAAAUUGCCUCGCCACCAACGGUUCGAUACCUUCGAACAGUGACUCAAACUAAAUUGGAUUUAAUAGUUGCUAUUGGCAGUGUCAUUGGCCUGUUUUUUGGAGCAUCGUUACUCAACUUGAUGGAGAUUAUUUCGAUGGUUAUUAGUCAGAUACGCAAAAUACUUAAGAUAUAAAAAAUUAAAAUACUCUUC